CGUCUGGACACCUCGAAGAUGGCACCCGUUGGGGGCAAAAAGGCCAAGAGGGGCAUUCUAGAACGGUUAAACUCUGGAGAAGUUGUGAUUGGAGAUGGAGGGUUUGUCUUUGCACUCGAGAAGAGGGGCUACGUGAAGGCAGGCCCCUGGACUCCAGAAGCUGCUGUGGAACAUCCAGAAGCAGUUCGCCAGCUUCAUCGAGAGUUCCUCAGAGCUGGAUCCAACGUCAUGCAAACCUUCACCUUUUAUGCAAGUGAAGACAAGCUGGAGAACAGGGGAAACUAUGUUGCAGAGAAAAUAUCUGGGCAGAAAGUCAAUGAAGCUGCUUGUGACAUUGCCCGGCAAGUGGCUGAUGAGGGAGACGCUUUGGUGGCAGGAGGCGUGAGUCAAACACCUUCAUACCUUAGUUGCAAGAGAGAAACUGAAGUUAAAAAAGUAUUUCAGCAACAGUUAGAGGUCUUUAUGAAGAAGAACGUGGACUUCUUGAUUGCCGAGUAUUUCGAGCAUGUUGAAGAGGCUGUGUGGGCAGUGGAAGCCUUGAAAACAUCUGGGAAACCUGUGGCAGCAACCAUGUGCAUCGGCCCAGAGGGAGAUUUGCACGGCGUGAGCCCCGGCGAGUGUGCAGUGCGCCUGGUUAAAGCAGGAUUGAAAGUUUUAGUCGUGAGUGGGGGCUCAGCACCUAACAUCCAAAGAAAGCAGCCAGCAAGGGCCAGGAAGGAAUACUGGGAGAAUCUUCGGAUAGCCUCAGGCAGGCCAUACAACCCUUCAAUGUCAAAGCCCGACGCCUGGGGAGUGACCAAAGGAACAGCUGAGCUGAUGCAGCAGAAAGAAGCCACAACUGAGCAGCAGCUGAAAGAGCUCUUCGAAAAACAGAAAUUUAAAUCUGCACAGUAG